UUUGUAUGAAGAAGCUCUCGUUCCAGAAAUCCUCCAGCGUUCUUUUGUUAGUUCUCAUCUCGAUAGUAUUUGGAGGUCUAUUCUCUCACUGGGCCGAUUCAGUUUCCUGUUGGAUCAAAGUCCCACGUUUAAUGUGCUUGUUGGGCCCAAUUUAAAUCUCCAGAUUUCUUGUUUCCGUGCAUGUCUUUUUCCCCCCCGAAGGAAUAGGUAACGACGUAACGUAAAACCCGGAUCCGAUUAGCAGGUGGAAUAGAGACCUAGAUGAUAAAAAAUUGAAGAUCUACCCUCUCACCUUGACUUGGCCCUUGCCCUUAUUGUGUUUUACAACUAUAUUACUUCCUAUUCGUUUCUGCUUAAAGUUUGAUGGUAUCCAUUUGAUUAUACAAAAACGGAGAAAAAAUUUGUUUGAGGAGAAUAAACCUGGUGCUGCCCCCUGCUGCCGGAAAGCUGAAACGUUAACCAGCAAACUAGACAAGUUGCCAAAAACACCCUUCCUACCCCACCGACAUACAGUUUCAGCAACAUAAGAACCCAGUGACAAUUUCGUCUGUACAGCAAAAAAUACCUGCCAUAUUUCGAAAACUUCCUAUACCAUAACAGACCAUCUUCUAACACCACCCCCGACACUUACACCUCGGUCCAAACCUCAAAUAUUGCUGUAAUCUAUUCAAGAAAGCCGAGGUUAGGGUUUAAAGACAAUGGUGAAAGUAAGACACUCGAGGUUACAAGCUAUAAAAUUGUCGACAUUUACGUUGGUCUCGAGUAUGUUAUUUAUGCUGACAUUUGUUCUUUUGGUGCUGUUGGGUCUUGGGAUUUUUUCUCUUCGUUCAAGCAGUGAAGGUUUUCCCCCCAAUGAUCUCAGUUCUUAUAGGCGUAUGACUUCUGAGAGAGAAGGUGAUCGAAUGGAGAAGAAAGAAGAAAAGUGGACUGAAAUUCUUUCUUGGGAACCUAGAGCUUUUCUUUAUCACAAUUUCUUGUCAAAAGAAGAAUGUGAAUAUUUAAUAAACCUUGCAACUGUGGUCGAUGCCGAGACGGGUCGGAGUAUAGAUAGCCGGGUGCGUACAAGUACUGGAAUGUUCUUGGAUAGAGGACAGGAUAGAGUCAUCAGGGACAUAGAAAAGAGGAUAGCUGACUUCUUUUUCAUUCCUGUAGAGCAUGGAGAGGAACUUCAAGUUCUCCACUAUGAAGUUGGACAGAAGCACGAGACUCACACUGACUAUUUCGUUGACGAGUUCAAUACAAAGAAUAGUGGCCAGCGGACAGCUACUCUUCUUUUGUCCUCUUGAGAACAUGUAAUUGGAUGUGCUUAUAUACAUCCAGUAAAUAAACUCAUGCCUUUCCUAUUCCUCUUUUCUUUCUGCUCCUUAUGGAGGUCAGAUGUUGAAGAAGGGGGUGAGACUGUAUUUCCUUAUGCCGACGUAAACAUAAGCUCUGUGCCCUGGUGGAAUGAGUUGUCUGAAUGCGCCAAACAGGGCCUUUCACUGAAACCAAAAAGGGCAAUGCAUUGCUUUUCUGGAGCACAAGACCUGAUGCCAUCAGAUGCUUCAAGUUUGCAUGGGAAGCUAAUGCCCGUUCCACUAAUAAAAUUGUUAUAAUGGCCUGUGCCAGAUAGCUGCCCUGUGAUUAGAGGGAACAAGUGGUCAGCUACGAAGUGGUUGCAUCUUGGGGAAUACAAUGUCUAGACUGUAACUGUAAAGGUAAUUUUUGAUGGCUAAAGGAGUUACUAAUUUUGUGUGAAAUCAGAGCUGCCAUGUGUUUCGGGAACUCCAUUGGUGUUAUAGCUACCGAUGCCCUUUUUGCUGCCAUCUCUGUCUGUGGGUGUGUAGUGGCAACAGAAAACCUGCCUUCCUGAAUAUGAUUCUUGGUUUUUGGUACAAAAAACGUUUUGCAACGACUAUGAUCGAAGCUAUUUGCUAAAUCAAUUAAAUCUAUUGACUUCUAGCAAUAUAAUCAUAUGAGAGUACAUUUUUCUUCUUUUGUUCUAUCAGCAGGAUAGGAAGACCUGUACCAUGUGGAUCAGUUGCUGUUCAUGGUGAAUCGUUUUAGAAUUCCUGAAACAUGGAGGUGGGUACCUCAUUGUAAUCAAACAGAUAGUUUCUCAGGCAUGGAGAUUUUUUUUUCUUUUGAUGGGACUUUUUUCACUCUUCUAGCCAGCAUUUAGGUUUGAAGUCGGUGGUCUUGAUAAAAUUCUUAUAGUUAUAGACUCCAAUGGGGUAGGAAAAUUGGCUGCAGGUGAUGCCACAACAUCCUUCAGCCAACUGUAAAACUAACAGAAUAAAUCCCAAAUACAGAUCACUGGCAUUUCUUCAGUUCGACUAACUGUGGGUGCCAUUUGUUGGAAGCUGGUGCUUAUGAGUUAUUAUUUUCUUCAGAA